AUGGCAAAGAAUGACAUUGGUAGUUCUGUUCUUCUGCACAAUACGAACGUGAACACGAAGUUCGUGAUAGAACAAGAACAAGACGAAAGUAGUAGUAUAAAUUCAUUCUAUAAAAGUUUUGAAGAAGAGGAAGAAGGGGAGAAAAAUUCUGUACAGGACAACGAUGACUCUAGCUGUUCGAAUUCUGAUCACGUUGAUACCGAGGAAGAGACAGAGAAAGAAGUUGAACCUGAUACGGAAGAUUCUAUUGCACAAAAUUGCUGCUCUAUAUGUCUCCACCAAUUCCAAAAUCCAAGUUACGUAAUUUCUUGCUAUCACACUUUUUGUUUCACGUGUAUCAAAGAAUGGCUUAGAGUCUCGAAAACAGUCUUGUGUCCGCUAUGUAAGACACGAGUAGAGAUUAUAGUUCAUAGCAUCGACGAGAACAAUAAUAGUUUUAAAAAAUUCAUGGUUGAUGUUGAUGAUGAAAGAUUUCAAGAUACCUUGGAACCAUUAAAUCGUCAAAGUGGCAAGCGAUCUAAUAAUAAACGACAACAAACAAAAAUAUGGGGUGGAGCCGGUAACAGCUUGUUAUCAUCCUCAGAUUUAUCCUCUUCAACAGCGGCGAUAAAGAAUCGACGACGCAUAUAUGAUCAAGAUCUUAGGCCAAAAGAUUCUCGUGGUCGAGUUUACAAUGGAUCCAUCUCUAUAGACACCAUGAAAAUCGAGCCACGAGAUUUAGAUCGUCUACGCCCUUUUAUAGAACGUGAUUUAUUGGCAUUGAUUCCGCCAGAUACGUACGAUAAUGUCAUAUUAGAGUAUGUGCAAGGACUGUUGGUGAUGCCGUAUCAACAACCACCCAAACGACUACAAAAACUACAACCACCAUUAUGGGAUGAAGUUUACCGUUUGUUACAUCCACUGUUGGGUCAAUGGGCCGAGAAAUUUGUUGAGGAGGCUUGUCGAUUUGUGUAUAGUGGAAUGGAUAUUGUAACUUGGGAUCGAAUGGUGGAUUAUUCGUGA